AUGAUGAGAAGACUUGGACCGCAGAGUAUGCCUCCUGGGCUUGAGAACACCUUGAACGACGCGAGAGAAGUCACCAUCUUCGCACAAUUCCAGUCGUCUUCGGCCAUCAAAGACAUUUUACCCGGUUGCGAGGUGAAAACUGAGUAUCAAGUUGAGAAAUGUUCUUGGAGAAUCAGAUCGGUCGAUUAUGUGAAUCAAUUCCUGGCCCUGCAAGAUGAGAAGACAGAUGCGUCAAAGGGCUUUCAAUCAUGGAACGAGGUUCUGGAGCUUAUACACGACGCCGAGGAUAGGUAUGUCUUGAGGGGGGAAGGCAGUUGGGUUCGCCGAAAUAUGCGACGCGACGACGUUGCCGCUGUCUUAAAGGACUUGACCGAGUUGAUCCCCGAGGAAUAUGGUUUGGGUGUCCUUCGCGGAGGGCUAUCGAUGCUGUUCACACUCUGGAACGCCAUUAAACAAUUGUAUGACGACUCUAUCGAUGCGAUACGCUCCCUCAUCGAAAUCUUAGUACCCAGCGACGACUCAUUGGCAGGCUCAUGGAGAAGGCGGCUCACCAAGAUGAUUCCUGAGCGUGAGGCAAGAAUGAUCGAGCAAAUUCUCCAGACUGUCAAUUUUGCCGUGAGAAAUGUGGAAAAUCACAUUGAUAGACUCGAUCGCACCCGGGCCGCGGAGACGCACUUCCAUGCCCAGAAUAUGGACUUAAAAGCCGGUCAAAUUCAAAAGACUUUGAAGGGCACGAAUGAGCUUGUGGCCGCGGGCAACACACGCACCCAAGAAACCAUUCGAGACGAGCGGAAGCACAUGGAGAAAUUUCUUGAGUCGAAGCUUGAUGACCUAAAGCAAGAGGUCAAGAAAGAGAUGAUGGGAGGGCGCGAUUUAGUUCCUUCCCAGCAUAUGGAAUACAUGGAAAUGGUGGAGAACAUCCACACGUUCUUGUAUCGUCUAGCUGGUGAAGAAAGAUACAAGAGAGGUGAGAAGACCAUUGAUGCUUUCCAGGCUACUGUGCUGACAUCCCGGACAGGUUUACAACCUGAGAUUGAAGUCCUUGAGCCCAUUUCCCAGCAACGUGCUACGAUUCUCCCUGCCGAGCGGCUUAUUGAGCUCAUGAAAGUCCAUUCACUUUCCCCCUACCAAGAUCGCGACGCUGUUCUCCGCAAAGGUCACACCAUGUCGCCAGUUUUCCUAGGCCGUGGCCGCUAUCUUCUCACAGCACCUCGUUUCCGGAAUUUCUUAUCCACAUCGUCUUCCGAUUUCCUCCUUGUCGAUGGUCACUGUCGAGAUGGGUGUGAUGGCAGAGUCUCACCUAUCUCGGUCUUCUGCGCCUCACUUGCUGCGACCCUGGCACAUGAUCCAACAUUCAUGGCUCUUCACUUUUUUGCGGGUCAGCACAGCUUCUUUGACGACGAUCCUGCGAGGGGCCCGCGGGGCCUUUUGCGUAGCCUCAUAUGCCAAGUCUUGUCGUACCCAAGUCAGCCAGCACCUUGCCUGGACUGGGUUCACGAUCAAGCCAUGCAAGAUGUCGCCGAUGGCAAGAUUGUUGCGUUGUGCUGGAUCUUGAAGGAGUUGUUGAAACGAGUUGUGAAUGUGCAAACUAUACUCUGCAUCGUGGACAACAUCUCGGACUUUGAGAGGAAGUAUGAAGGCUGGGACAAUGAUCUGGACACUGUGUUUGACUGGCUCCGCAUGGUGCCCAACGAGAUGAGCCCCGGUAUCAACUUCAAGCUACUAAUGACAAGCGCCGGGAAGAACAAAUUGCCGAUGCCUACUCGACUGAUACCCAGCUCAGCUCCAGACGCAGAAUCGCCCGGCGACCAAGUUGCUGCUUCAGAAUCUCCCAGAUGUUGCUGCGACACCAAAUGCGGCAAUGAGCUCGCGACCGGCUCUGACCCAGUCGCCGAGCCUGAGUCCACAAUUGGUCCUGCAACAACUCAAGGCAGUGCCGACAACAUUGGCGUUUUGAUCGAUUUCCUUUAG